UGAUCAGCUGUGUCCAAUCACAGCUGAUCACAUGGCACUGAUGAUCAGUUGCCCUGAUGAUCAAUGUAGCCCCAGCAGUGCCACCUGUCAGUGUUUAUCAGUGCCUUGUGUCAGUGCUCAUCAGUGCCUCGUGCCCAUCAGUGCCACAUCAAUGCCACAUAUCAGUGCCUACCAGUGCACAUCAAUGCCACAUAUCAGUGCCCAUCUGAGCUGCCUUUCAGUGUCACCCAUCAGUGCCAGUCAGUGCCACCUAUCAAUACCAAUCAGUGCCACCUAUCAAUACCAAUCAGUGCCACCUAUCAGUGCUGCCAGUCAGUGCCACCUAUCAGUGCCAGUCAGUGCCGCCUAUCAGUGCGCAUCAGUGCCGCCUAUCAGUGCCUGCCAGUGCCGCCUAUCAGUGCCAGUCAGU